AUGGCUUCAACCUCACUGGCAGCACCUGAGAGAAAUGAUGAAUUUUGUGACCUGUGUACUAAAUAUCUGACGGAUCCAAUAUCCAUAGAAUGCGGACACAACUUCUGUCGGCCUUGCAUCACCGAUCAUUAUCGGGAACGGAAAAAAGAAGGGCUUUUUUUCUGUCCUGUUUGCGAAGAGCCGAUCCCCGAAGGAAGACUCCGCCGAAUCCUGCAGCAGCCCAGAGUGGAGGAAAAACUCAGAUUACUUCCAGAAAAGUCAUUUGUCUGCCCGAAACACAAAGUGAUACUAGAUCUGUUUUGUCAAGAGGACGAGAAGCUGAUAUGUGCUGUUUGUAAGAAGUCAUUGGAACAUAAAACUCACACUGUGAUUUCUCCCAAACAAGCUGCCCAACCAUUAAAGGACCAGUUACGGAGCCGCAUUAUACUACUGGAGGAAAAGAAAGAUAUAAUGGAGAGUCAUCCUUCAGAUGCAGAAAAGGAAAUAGCCGAGCUGCUUGGACAAAUGGAAGAAGAGAAGGAGAAGUUAGACAACGUGUUCAAACAACUACACGAUUUUCUGCAUAAACAGGAAAAACAACUACACAACCGAAUGAAAACGGUGGAGAAGGAUAUUCAAAAAACUAAGGCGGAAUAUCUGGAAGGGCUUUCAAAGGAACGCACCGUGCUUAAAAGUAUCAUCCGGGAGAUACAGGAGGCGUGUGAGCAGCCAGCGGUGGAGUUCUUAAUGGAUUUUAAAGCCAACAUGCAAAGGUAUGACAAAGCACUUGAAAACCCAGUUGCUUUCCCUCUGGAGCUGAAAUGGAGGUCCUGGGAUUUCUGUGAUAUCAAUCCUUUUCUGGAAAAUUCUGGAAAUAUAUUCAAUGAGUCUCUGAUGGCUGGACUUCAGUUGCAGAAAGAACAUGUAUUUCUGGAUCCAGACACAGCUCACCCUCGUCUCAUUUUGACAGACGAUUGUAAAAGUCUGAAAAUGGGCGAAUUUUAUCAAUCUCUACCCAAAACCCCAGAAAGAUUUGAUGAAUGGCCUUUUGUGUUGGCCUGCUCAGGAUUCACUACCGGCAGGCAUUUCUGGGAAGUUGCUGUGGGGACAGAAGACACCUGGGGUGUCGGAGUUGCCCAGAAGUCUGUCAGGAGAAAAGGAGAUAUUGAAUUUAGUCCAGAAGAAGGGUUCUGGGCUGUGGGGAAGUGGGAUGGCAACUAUACAGCGUACAAUCCUCCCUUUUAUACUCCCUUGACUUUGCGUAGGAUGCCCAAGAAAAUCAGAAUAGUUCUGAACUACGAAGGGGGAUGGGUGACUUUUUUUGAUGCCGAUACAGGAGCUCCUCUCUUUGCAUUUUCUCCACCCCCUUUCGCUGGAGAGGUGAUCCUUCCCUUAUUUUACGUGUUUGGAAACGCUCGCCUUUCCAUCGCUCAUUAA